AUGGGCGAUCAAGAACCAAAUGUCAGUAAUCAUAUUUAUGAGGAACAUUAUUUGGCUAGUGAUGAUGACAAUGGAAUUGAAGAUUUUAAUUUUCCUGAUAAUGAUACACUAUAUAAUGACGGAUUUCAAACAAGAGAAAGCAGUAAUCCUAAUUUAGAGGAUGCAAAUAAUGAUGAAGACGAAAAUCACUUUGUUGAUGAAGAUAUAGAGGUUAAUAUUGAUUACAGUGAAAGACAACCACAUGUUACUCAUGAAGAUACAAAGUUUAAUAUUGAUUUCAGUGAAGGACAACCACAUAUUACUCAUGAUUAUGUUUCUCCUGGUGGCACCUUGUAUUGGACUCCGAUUGUUUUAGACGACAUCAAACCAAAAGUUUCAUCAAAAUUUAAUUCAUAUGGUGAAGCAGAAACAAUGUAUAGAAAAUAUGCAUUAGAAUUUGGUUUUGAUGUCAGGUAUGAUAUGGUUUUUGUUCCGUUUACCGGCAUCGAUAAUCACAAAAAAUGUGUAACAUUUGGUGCUGAUCUUUUAAGUAGAGAAGAUGGAGUUUCUUAUGAAUAG